AUGGCAACGGAAAUUGUUCGCGAAUCAAAAAUUCUUCUCAACAACGACAACUACGCGCUCUGGUUGCUCCCAAUGAAGGCCAAACUCCAUAAAGCAAAAUCCCUCACCAUCGUUACCGGAAUCCAUACCUGUCCCGACCCUGAAAAGGACAAAGAAAAUGCUAAACUCUACGUCAAACUGAAUGAAGACGCCUACGCCGAGAUUGUUCAGCACUUGAAUCAAGAAGUACUUGCAUAUGUUAGUUCUACCCAAACCGAGACCGACGAAUUCAAUGGGUACAAGUUAUGGCAACUUCUCAAACAAAAAUACGCCGGUAACGAUCUGACAUCACGAACCACCGCUCUCAAGAAAUACUUAGCCGUCGAAUAUGACUCCUUCUCAGCGUUCCUCCCUCUCAUUCGAUCGGCCAAUCAGAAGAUUGUGCUCUCCAAACUUGCCCUUGACGAUCAAGUCAAAACUAUCUUGAUGCUCGACAAACUCCCUCCUGAAUUUCACUCUUUCAAGACUAACAUCUCUAUGAAUUUCGAAACCGAAUCCUUUGAAGAAGUACUGAAAAAAUUAGAAGACUUUGCUGCGCAAAAUCAGUUGAACGAGCUCAAGAAACGAUCAACCUCCCCGAUUUCGUCUCAAGCCACUAUGUACACUCGGUCUUCUGAUCCCGAUAUUGUCUGCCCUCAUUGUAAGCGAGGAUUCCGAGUAUGCUCCCACUGCUUCAAGAGUGGUCACACCGAAGACAGUUGUUAUCAAAAGCAUCCCAAAAAGCGAGCUCCAAAGUCAGUCGCUUCCUCGUCCAAACAACACUCAUCUCAUCUGACUCGAUACACCCAGGAAGACAAAGAAUAUCUCCAACAAAAGUAUCCGGACCUUCACCUAUGA